CAAUAAAUAACCAAUUUUCAUUUAUUUUGCUUGCUUUAAACACGCAUUCAUGCCGUUUCCCUGCUCACAAUAUUCUUCUUUUUCUUCAUCCAUCAAACUUCAUUUUUGAGUUACAUUUUGUUCAUCCAUCUAAAAGGCCAGGAAUUGUUGCUUUCUGUGGAAUCUUGAAUCAGUUUGCAGUUUACUGGGUAAAAAGGAAGAUCUGAAGGCAGAUGGCUACACUGUCCGAUAUCGGGCUUGCCGCAGCCCUUAAUAUCAUCACAGCUUUCAUUUUCUUGCUAGCUUUUGCUAUUUUAAGACUUCAACCUUUUAAUGACAGAGUAUAUUUCCCGAAAUGGUAUCUUAGGGGUUUAAGGGCAAGUCCUGCAACAUCUGGUGCAUUUGUAAAUAAGUUUAUCAAUUUGGAUUAUCGAUCAUAUAUACGGUUCUUGAAAUGGAUGCCGGAUGCUCUAAAAAUGCCCGAGCCUGAACUCAUUGAUCAUGCUGGAUUGGAUUCUGCCGUCUAUUUGCGGAUUUACUUGCUAGGGUUAAAAAUAUUUGUACCCAUACUCGUUUUUACAUGGGCUAUCUUGGUGCCGGUUAACUGGACAAACAAGUGGCUUGAGCGCACGGGUACAACUUUCAGUGACAUCGAUAAGCUUUCUAUAUCAAACAUUCCACAAGGCUCCAACAGGUUUUAUGCUCAUGUGGUAAUGGCAUACGCUGUUACAUUUUGGACAUGCUUCACUUUAAAGAAGGAAUACGAGACGGUUGCAAAUAUGAGGUUACACUUUCUUCAAUCAGAAAAACGCCGGCCCGAUCAAUUUACAGUUCUUGUGAAGAAUGUGCCACCGGAUGCUGAUGAAUCCGUCAGUGAGGCCGUGGAGCAUUUCUUUUUAGUCAACCAUCCCGAUCACUAUCUAACUCAUCAGGUCGUAGUAAAUGCAAACAAGCUUUCUAAAUUGGUUGAAGAGAAGAAAAGUAAGCAAAACUGGCUCGUUUAUUACCAGAAUAAGUUUGAAAGAAACCAAUCGAAACGACCCUUGAUGAAGACUGGUUUUCUUGGACUUUGGGGAGAGAAAGUGGAUGCUAUUCAACAUCAUAUAUCCGAAAUCGAGAGACUCUCAAAUGAAAUAGCUGAAGAGAAAGAGAAUGUUGUGAAUAAUCCGAAAGCAAUCAUGCCAGCAGCAUUUGUAUCGUUUAAAACUCGUUGGGCAGCUGCUGUUUGUGCGCAGACACAACAGGUUAGAAACCCGACCCUUUGGUUGACCGAGUGGGCCCCAGAGCCACGGGAUGUUUUCUGGCAAAACCUUCCGAUUCCGUAUGUCUCGUUGACUGUUAGGAGGCUUAUGGUUGCUGUUGCCUUCUUUUUCCUCACCUUCUUUUUUAUAGUUCCCAUCACGUUUGUUCAAUCGCUUGCAAACAUUGAAGGUAUUGAGAAGGCUGCACCCUUUCUCAAGCCUAUUAUCGAAGUAAAAACAAUCAAGUCAUUUAUCCAAGGUUUUCUACCCGGGAUUGCUUUAAAAAUCUUUCUCAUCCUUCUACCGACUAUCUUGAUGAUGAUGUCAAAAUUUGAAGGAUUUUUGAGUAUAUCGCGUCUAGAGCGCAGAUCCGCAUCAAGAUAUUAUCUUUUCAACUUUGUGAAUGUGUUUCUUGGGAGUGUGAUUGCUGGGACGGUGUUGGAACAGCUAGAUACGUUUCUAAAACAAUCCGUGAACAAGAUCCCCGAGACGAUUGGAGUGGCUAUCCCGAUGAAAGCAACUUUCUUCAUAACGUAUAUAAUGGUUGACGGUUGGAGUGGUACUGCUGGAGAGAUUUUGAGGUUAAAACCGUUGAUAAUUUAUCACUUGAAGAACUUUUUCUUGGUUAAAACCGAAAAGGACAGAGAAGAAGCCAUGGAUCCUGGAAGCAUCGGUUUUAACACGGGGGAACCUCAAAUACAGUUUUAUUUUCUAAUUGGGCUUAUUUAUGCUGUGGUGACCCCGCUUUUAACCCCGUUUAUUCUGGUUUUCUUCGCCCUUGCAUAUGUUGUUUAUCGUCAUCAGAUUAUUAAUGUGUAUAACCAAGAAUACGAAAGCAGUGCAGCGUUUUGGCCCGAUGUUCAUGGACGUAUAGUUGCAGCACUGAUAAUAUCACAGUUACUUCUGUUGGGACUGUUGAGCACAAAAGAGGCUGCUUCUUCAACUCCGUUUCUUCUAGCACUUCCCAUUCUUACCAUUGGCUUCCAUACGUACUGUAAAGGUCGCUUUGAACCUGCGUUUGUCAGAUACCCGUUACAGGAAGCCAUGAUGAAAGACACGCUUGAACGAGCAAGAGAGCCUAACUUAAACCUUAAAGCGUACCUUCAAAACACAUACGUCCCUCCCAUUUUCAAGGAAGCAGACUCCUCUGAUUCAGAUGAUGACGACGAAGAUGCGGACGAUAAAAAGUGGGAGAAGGAUAACGUGCUGGUCCCCACCAAGAGACAGUCGCGUAAAAACACACCUGCUCCUAGCAAAAUGAGCGUGGGUUCAUCACCAAACCAGCAGGAUAUUCAAGAGAAGGAUAAGCCAUAGGUGAUCAAGUUUGUAUACCACUUGAGCAGAUAAUACAUGUAUGUAGCUUUGUUUCUUGUAUAGUUUAGAGAGACUUUUUCGGGAAUUGUAAUCCGUCGUGUUUCAUGUAAGGCGGAAGAAAAAAAUUAGACAUCGUUAGAGUUUAUGAUAAUACAGAUUUUCUCAAAAGCAUUACGAAAGAAUCUUUAUUUAUGGACGAUAAUAUAUUAAGUUCACUAA